UAUGGAAGUCUAUGAUAAAAUGGACAUAAAUAAUUUCUCGGAUAAGAAUCGUCAAUUCGAAAGUAGGCCUAAGACAGAUAGAUGGGGUGGUAAGAGAGCAAAAUUAUUUCUGGUUGUAACAGGAAGCUUCAUUAUAGCAACAGUUAUCGUCCUUAUCGUAGUCGUAUAUCAAGCUGAAAGGCCCAAGUCGCAUUACAUUAGUUAUGGAGAUAAGGACGCAUGCCCAGAUUUAACAAUAAUCGGUGGUGGCUUAGCCGGUUCCUAUAUUGCAUGGAUGUUGAGAAAUACAAUGAAAACGGUUCAUUUAUACGAAAUGGCAGAAAAUUUUGGUGGAAGAUUAUUAUUAAAUAAGCGAAAAGAAGAGAUGAAAAUAGCAAAUUGUAUCUUGGAUAAUUUAUCUCUCUCAAAAUCAAACUUGAAAUAUUCUAAAUUAUUAAAGCACUUUGACUUGAAACCCGAAAUUAUUAAAAGGAAUAGGGUGUUUUAUUUCUUAAGAAAUAGCUUGAAAACUGAAAAACAAAGAAAUAAUAGCCAUUUACCAUAUUUUGUUGAUGAUAAAGAGAAGGGAUUAAAUCCUGAUAACUUGAGAAAAUUUUAUGCCGAAAGUAUAAUCGGUCAUAAAAUCAAUAAAUCGCAGAUAAAUAAUCUUUGUUCACUUGAAGAUGCGGAUAAAGAAAUUCUACUAAAAGCAGAAUUUGUCAAUGGUCUUAGGGGAUACGCUUCUAGUGACGGUCUUAAUUGUUUAAAUGACAUUUGGGCUGAUAAUGCUCCAGAUCUUAUGAGUAGUUUGGGAUAUCUAUUAGAAGAUUUAGAACAUGAUUUCUCUAAUUGUAUUAAUGCUGAUCGACUUGAAAAUUUAGCGGCCAGGUUACUGACUGAAGCCAACAAAACGUACUAUUUUAAUAUUCAUUUGGAUUCUAUAGAAAAGACGAAUGGUAUUUUUCGAUUGAAAUUUUCUGUUACAAAGACUGAAAAUGGCGAAUUGAAAAGGCAUUCGUUGACUCAUUCAUCUUGUACAAAGAAACUCAUUCUAGCAAUACCGAAAAGUUCUUUGGCCGAUAUAAAAUGGUCAAAUUCAUUCAAAUACGAUAAUUAUAAGCUUGCCAUGCAAUCAUUAAAAACAAGUAAAAGAACACAAAUCAUUCUGCGUUAUAACGAAUCUUGGUGGCCUGAUAGUUUAACCAUCGUAAAAACUGAUCUACCAGCACAAAAAAUCACUUUUAUCCGUUUAAAAGACGAAAAAGAUGAGCAUAACCAAAACGGUUCGUCGUCAACGAGGCACACGUCCGGAAAACGAGAAAGAACCACUUCAUUUCUACUUGUUAUAGACAGUAAUGAUAGAUACUACGACUAUUGGAAAACUUUAGAAUCGGGAAAAUUAGUAGUUAACCGCCUUACAAAAUUUUUUGCUAGAAUUCUUGCCAAACGUGAGGAUUCCAUUCCAGAUCCUGAAACAUACUCAAUAUCGUAUUUUAAAGAGGCAUUUCCAUACUAUAGUCAUAAAUUCUUCUGGAAAAAGAAUUUUGAUUGGUGUAAUGUUAGAAAAAAGAUGCUAAAACCUAUUCAUGAUCAAGAUGUAUAUAUUGCUAAUGACUCUUUCGAUACAGUGAAGAAUCAGGGAAAAUUUGAAACUUUACUCGACAAUAGUGAUGAAAUAUUGGAAAAGUAUUUUGCAGAUUAUGUCACACUUAAGAACUAA